AUGCACAGACACAAGGAACGUACGUGCACACACAUAGACAGCCGCCACAUAGCCAUCAAAUACCCCCCCCCUAUACGCACGCACACACUAAUCAUGAAGCUUGGGUACGUGGUGGUCUUCUGCGCGUGCGCAGCGCUGCUGUCCCUCGGUUCCCUCUUCUACUACUCCGUGUACGACUACCAGAAACACAUGAGUAUGGUGCAGCGCACGUACUCGACGUACGAUCCUCUGACCGAUUGCGCGGCGCCGUUUGGCCAGCUUCUCGGUGUCGCAGACGAUGUCCCGGCGUACAGCAACUGCAAUACCAAGUUUACCUCAACCUACAUCAACUAUGUCAAUCUCAUGGACCCAAUGGACAACGGCCGCCGCGGCGACCCGUCCGAGAUGCGCGUUAUUAUGACCGCCUACCGCUACUCCGCAUUUGACUACUACAUGAGGUGGCUCGUGUGGAACCGCGGCAUCAUGCCGCGCCUCGUCGAGAAUACAAAUCAGCUGUGGAAGAGGGUGGACUACUUCAACCCCGCGAAGCCGGAGCAGGACUGGUCUGCGGAGUACAUCACCAACUACGAGGAGGUGACAAGCUUGGAGGAGCGCAAGUUCAACGCGCCGCGGAGGGCGGAUGCGGUCAUCUACCGGAUGGACGAAAAGACCCUCCCGGCAGGGCACAUUGCAGUGGUGGUAAAGGUGGAGGAUGACAUCGAAGCGGCCGGCGGCCUAGAGAAGCUGAAAGAUCUGAAGAAGAUGCGCCUGCAUCCUCGCCGUGUCUACGUAGCAGAGCAAAACUGCCAGAAUCAGCCGUGGGGUGAGCACAACUAUAGCCGCGUGCUGCAGUUCAAAUGGCGCGCUGUGUCGGAGAUGGCGCACGAGGGCUAUUAUGUGGACCCCGACGGUCUUGAUAUCAUCGGUUGCAUGCGCGUGGGAAAAUCGAUGCCCCUACGAGCGGUGCCUGACCCGUACCAGGAGACGCUCGACAUGGAGAACGACGGUGACCUCUGA